GACCACAGACGACCCAAGGCACUCAUAGGGCCAACAUGUCUCCGCUGAUCCUCGCCUCGCUGCUGGUGGUGGCUGCCGCGGCGCCCCCUCAGUACGUCCAACCCGCCCCGCAGCCCCCCCAGUACGCCCCAGCCCCCUCCUACGGCCCCAGACCCGACCCUAUACCCAUUCUGAGGGACGACCGACGGGGCCCCGACGCGUACGGCAACUACAACUUCGACUUCGAGACUGGGAACGGGAUUAAGAGGACCGAACAGGGCUCUCCGAACGGUCCCUACGGCGCUGUGACCUCUCAGGGGGGAUGGUCCUUCACCUUCCCUGACGGCACACCUGGCGUCUUCAACUUCGUGGCUGACGGGAACGGGUACCGCGUCGAGUCCCCGCUGCUGCCCACGCCGCCGCCGCUCCCCGCCCACGCCAUCGCCCAGAUCGAGAAGGCAAGAAGGGAGAACGAAGCGAAGAACAAGUACCCUGCCCCUGCCCCUUCCAACCAGUACUUUGAGCCCGCCCCAGCACCCUCUCCCCCUGCCCCUGUCAACCAAUUCCGUGAACCCGCCCCAGCCCCGCCGCCACCAGCCCCUAUCAACCAGUACCGUGAACCAGCCCCAGCCCCGCCGCCACAAGCCCCUAUCAUCUUCCGUGAGCCAGCCCCCGCCCCCGCCCCGACCCCAGCCACCCGGUACUUGAUUUACUCCUCUUAGUGACCCGUGGGUGACCUGGGGGAGUUCAGGGUGUGUUAUGUUAGGUCUCUGUUGGUGUGUUCUUCUUGGUGUUGAGACCCCAGUUUUGUUCUGCCUCUCGUUCCUGUUCAUCCUCUCUCUCGUGUCUGUUCCUAUCAUUUCUAGUCUUUCUUUUCCUUUUCCUUUGGUCUUUUUUAUCAUUGCUAGACGUUAAGAAUUGAAAUCAUGGUCCUCCUUUUUGUUUUCCUCUACUUUUCUUCCUCCUUUUCCACAUUAGAGUUUCUUUCAUCUUUUUCUUCAACUCUUCCUCCUUCUCUCCUCCUCCUCAUCCUCAUCCCCUUCAACCAUUCCCCAUAAGAGUUAGUUGCUUUUUCUUCUUCUCUUCUUCUUCCUCCUCCUUUUUUGUUCUUCUACUUUUCUUCCUCCUCUUCCACAUUUCCCCCAUAGAGUUUGUUUCUUUAUUUUCUUCAACUCUUCCUCUUCCUUCUCCUCCUCUCCUCCUCCUCCUCCUCCUCUUCAACUUACACGAUUUCCAGUGAGUUAGUUUCUUUUUCUUCAUCUUCUCUUCCUCCUCUUCCUCUUGUUCUUAUUUACUUCUCUUCCUCCACCUCUUCCUCCUCUUCCUCCUCUUCAACUUACACGAUUUCCAGUGAGUUAGUUUCUUUUUCUUCAUCUUUUCUUCUUCCUCCUCCUCGUUUUCUUGUUCUUAUUUACUUCUGUUCCUUCCCCGCUGGUUUGUUAUUUUGUUAAGUCCAGAGAUUAUAUUUUCUACUCGCCUGGUUAGUACAGAGAUUAUUUUUAUGUUAAGGAAAAGAAGUCAUAUUUUUUACUCGCUUGGCACCUGGCGACAAGAAUGCGUUCGUCACGUCUGCUUCGAAUAAAGUCCCGUUUUGUAAC